AUGUCAAAUAUUUCAGGUGAUGAAGGAAGCUUCUCCUCAGGAAACAAUGGUGAAGAACAGGUUCAAAAUAAUCUCAAUGAUUCAAGUUCAGGACCAUCUGGUGCCUCAAAUAGCAAUGGUUCCAGCAAUCAACAACAAACCAAGAAGAAAAGAAAUCUUCCAGGAACACCAGAUCCUAGUGCUGAAGUUGUAGCUUUAUCACCAACAACGUUAAUGGCAACAAACAGAUUUGUGUGUGAGAUAUGCAACAAAGGCUUUCAAAGAGACCAAAAUCUUCAGUUACACCGUAGAGGUCACAAUCUUCCAUGGAAACUUAGACAAAGAACAAGCACAGAAGUGAAGAAAAAGGUGUACGUGUGUCCUGAAUCAUCGUGUGUCCACCAUAACCCAGCUCGCGCGUUAGGCGACCUUACUGGUAUCAAAAAGCAUUAUAGCCGCAAACACGGCGAGAAGAAAUGGAAAUGUGAUAAGUGCUCUAAAAGAUACGCUGUUCAAUCUGAUUGGAAAGCUCACCAGAAAACUUGUGGCACAAGGGAAUACAAAUGUGAUUGUGGAACCAUAUUUUCUAGGAGAGACAGUUUUAUAACUCAUAGAGCUUUCUGUGAUGCAUUAACUGAAGAAAACCACAGAGUGAACCAAGGAUUAACCAGUGGCAUGCCACCAAACUUACAAAAUCAAAUGCAUAAUGAUAUCUCUACUAUGCCUCUAACAACUAUUUCCAACAUUUCGUCGGAAUUAAUCAGCGACUCGCUAAAAUCGCCGACUCAAGAACAUGUUCCAAUACAAUUCAGAUCAACCAAUGCAUGUGGUGGCAUGUUUUCAACAAGUGCAGGUGCACUUUUCGGUGGCCCGAAAACCUUACCUCCCUCUUCUUCAUCUCUUCAACUCAGUUCGAAUUCCAAUAGCUUCAAUUACUUCAAUGAUAACAAACUCGGAGGACUAAUUUCUGGCUCGGUUCAAAUGUCGGCUACGGCUUUAUUACAAAAAGCAGCACAGAUGGGUGCUACUGCAAGCAAUAGUGUUAACUCUUCCAUGAUGCAGAAAAGCUUUGUUAGUAGUAUGAUUAGUCCUAAUCAUGAUCAUCUUUCUGGUUCCAUCAUGAUGCAGCAUAACCAUAACCAUAACCAAAACCAAAAUCAACCCUCUUAUGAACAAUUUAAUCCACUGCUACACCACAGUGAUUUAUCUAACAUGGCUGGUGUUAGUGGUGGUGGAGCAUUUACCAACCAAUUGUAUCAAAAACAACAUCAAGAGAUUUCAUUACUAUUUGAUAAUAAUGCUAAUGACAUGGGAAUGUUUGGCCAAGGAUUGAUGAAAAAUGUGGCACAAGAGGUUACUGAUUGUUCAAAUUUGAUCCAUGGAAGUGAUGUGGCAAGAGUGCAUGAUUUCUUGGGAAUUGGAGGUUCAAAUUCAAGUCUGCAUGAACCACAACAACAUAGAUUGGAAAUUAUGAAUGAUUUUCAUCAUCAUCAUCUUCCACAUGAGGAUUCACCUAUGGAGAAAUCAAUUUGGGAUGAUUGA